AUGACACAAAAAUUUUGAACAUUGUUAAAAGCUCAUCACCUAAUAAGAAAUCGUAUGCUUCUAUUCUUUACUUUUGAGUUAUUAUUUCAGGUCUUCGCCGUCGUGCGCUUGGCCUAUUCAAAACGUCCUCGACGACAGCCCUUCUACAUAAAAUUGCGAAACAUUGUCCUGAAGCGGAUAUAAUUUCUAAGAAGGUAAUAGAAAUGGAAAAUAGUGACGUCAAUCGGCGAUCGUCUAGCAGUAGCGAUAGCACUACAAAGCCGGUGCUGAAAAAAAACUCCUCUUUACAAAACAUCCCGCUUCCGAAAUACCUAUGGAUUAGGUUGGCUUUGUUUGAGAAACAGCUCGCCAAAAUAAUUGACUAUCUGGUAUCUAACGCGAGUAAAUAUUACGAUAAGGAUGCUCUAGUUGCUGAUCCUGAUUACGGUAAUAUUCUGAGCUCUCUUUUGGUAGGACCAUGUGCACUUGAUUAUACAAGGACCAAAACUUCUGAUCAUUUUUGGACAGAUCCACCUGCUGAUGAAUUGAUUCAAAGGCAUCGAAUAUCAAGCGUUCAAAUAAUGCCCUCGUCUAUUAGACGUCCCAUUCCGAAUUUCAAACGUUCCUUAAAUACCAGUUCGGAAGAUUGUUCAUCCAGAAUAUCGAGCCAGUAUAUUGCGAAGGAUUACGUCGAAAGUCUGCAUCAGAAUUCCAGAGCGACUCUCCUUUUCGGAAAGAAUAACGUAUUAGUAUUGCCCAACAAAUCCGAUUGCGUCGAACCUAUACCGGGCUAUUUAAGUUUACAUCAAUCGCCAAACUGUCUAAUCAUUAAAUGGACUCCAAAUCAGUUGAUGAACGGAUUCAACGAUGACACCUCAGAUAAAAGUAAAUACUGGGAUUACGCUUUGCAAAUAAGGGUAGACGAAAUUGUUUACGUUCACUGUCACCAAGAUAAUGAAACUGGCGGAACUGUAAUCUUGGUUGGUCAGGAUGGAGUUCAAAGACCACCCAUACAUUUUCCAAGAGGGGGUCAUACAUUGGCUUUCCUGAGUUGUUUAGAGACAGGUCUUCUUCCUCAUGGUCGCUUAGAUCCGCCGCUUUGGUCUCAAAGAAGCGGAACAGCAAAAUCGAACAAACGUCGAAGACCAUUGCCUGUCCUUCAAGAAAACGAAGACGCGCCAAAAGACUACGUAUUCAGGAUCAUAGAUAAUAGUAACCACAAGGACAUAUUGAAGAAACAUGAAUUAAUGGAUACCAAAACGACAUUUCCGCCAAAAGUGCGAGUCCAAUUGGGAAGUUCAAGUACAAGUUCGGACAGUUCGACGAAGAGUUUCAGCUUAGACCAAAACGCUCCUGAGAGUCCUUCUUCAGUUUGUUUGCAAGCAGUCUGCGAAUCGAUGAAGAGACAAAUAAUUUCUCGUGCUUUUUACGGAUGGUUGGCUUACUGCAGGCACUUGUCUACUGUGAGGACUCAUUUGAGUGGACUCGUUAAUAAUAAAAUUGUUUCUGAGAAAGAUGCAGAGGCAGGUAUAAGCGUUCAGAAAUGGUCAGAAUUGUGCAUCAACGGUGUGGUAAAUGAUCCAAUUGAGGUUUAUAAGCUGACGUAUUUCGGAGGAAUAGCACACGAAUUGAGACGUGAUGUUUGGCCCUAUCUUCUAGGUCAUUACAAGUUUGGCACGACCAAAGAAGAAAGAGAAGAACUUUCCGAACAAACCAAACAAGCGUAUGAGAAUACAAUGUCUGAAUGGCUUGCUGUUGAAGCUAUUGUGAGACAAAGGGAUAAAGAAUCUCAAGCCAAUGCCAUUGCCAAAUUAAGCAGCGGAAGUGCUAGUCAAGAGGCAGCUCCAGAACAAAUAGGCAGGGAACUCAGUAAUGAUGUGUUCGAGGAUAGCGAUUCUGACGACGAGGAAAAAAUUAAAGACGAAGUACCUGAGAAGAGAACGCGACAAAACACCAUCAAAUACGAAGACACUGACGAUGAACUGGACCAAAGUAAUCCGACUACUGAGAGCGACGAUAGACGGCCGAGCGUCAUCCACAAUGACAUUAGAAACAUCUCUUUGGAUAGCUCCGAAACCCAAACAAUAAUCUCCAAGAGACUGAGCGAAGAAAAUGUCGAACGUGAAGAACAAGACGGUAACCACGAAACUGACGAAGAGGUCAUCAACAAGGGUGCAAAUGGAGACACAGUUGGAAAUAAUGACGAAGAUGGCAAUGGAAAUAAAAGGGAAUAUACUGAAAGGACUGAAGAUGGUGGUGAAGAUCACGAGGUUACUGAUGAAACUAGAAAUGAUGGCGAAGAGCUGAAGGAUUUCAUUCAUAAUGUGAUUGUAACAAAUCCUAGUGUGGACAUAUCCAAUGCACAAAUUGAAAAGGGAUUACAAAAAUAUAUGAAUUCUUUGGACGAAGAGGUUUGUGGAACGUUAGUCUCACAGGAUUGUAUCGAUUCUCAUGGAUUGGCGUCUCCUUCAUGUCUGUCACCGGCAAGUUCUAAUGGUGGAGUAUAUACUCCUGAACUACUAGAAACGUUUGGUUUAAACCUUCAUCGAAUUGACAAAGACGUGCAACGUUGUGAUAGAAAUUAUUGGUACUUCACCGUCACUAAUUUGGAGAAACUUCGAAAUGUUAUGUGCACAUACGUUUGGGAACAUUUAGAUGUGGGAUACAUGCAGGGCAUGUGCGAUCUUGUCGCCCCGUUGCUCGUAGUAUUCGACGACGAAAGCUUAACGUACGCCUGUUUUUGCCAUUUAAUGGAACGGAUGGUGGAGAAUUUUCCGAAUGGAAACGCGAUGGAUUGUCACUUUGCGAACAUGAGAUCCCUGAUUCAGAUUCUCGAUUCGGAGAUGUACGAGUUAAUGCAUUCACACGGUGAUUACACGCACUUUUACUUCUGUUAUCGAUGGUUCUUACUGGACUUUAAGAGGGAGUUGCUGUACGACGACGUGUUCGCGUUUUGGGAAACAAUUUGGGCCGCACAGCAUGUCGCCUCAACACAUUUCGUACUCUUCUUGGCCCUCGCCCUAUUAGAAACAUACAGGGACAUCAUCCUGUCGAAUAGUAUGGACUUUACGGAUAUUAUCAAGUUUUUUAACGAAAUGGCAGAAAGACACAACGCACAAGCUAUUUUAAAACUGGCAAGAGAGCUGGUUUUGCAGCUGCAGCUAUUAAUUGAAAAUAAUUGCUCUGGAAUAAAAUACGUAAUGCAAAAUUAACGGCAGAUUGCGUUUACGUCAACGACAUAGUCUACACGAACCAAUCCAAAAAGUAAUGGCAACAAUAUAUUUCGUUAACCUCCACAAUUGCAGUUAACAUCAUCUUAAUUGUUAAUAGUGUUGUUAAGUGUGGUGAAUUCUUAAUAUUGCAUAGCUUACGUUACUGUUUAUUUGUUUGUUUUAAUAUAAUGCAGUAUGAAAGAUGAAGUACGUACCGUAUGUCUUUGAAUAAUCGGACAACAAACAAUCAAUUUGGGAUUUCAAAAAAAAAUAUUAAUUGUAUGUUAAAUUUAAUAUUAAAAAAAGAAAAUGAAAAAUUGGUUUGACGGUGGUACGAUAUUAUUAAUAUUUAUAAAAUUGAUUACUAUAAGUUCCUAAUAAUAUUCUAAUAUUGUUCUUUAAGUACUGUAUUUUUUGUACUAUUACUUCUAUAAAAAUUUAUUGUUCGUACGAUGAUGUUAAGACUUAUAAUAGCAAAAUAUCAGAAUUGUGUCUAGUUAAUAUAAAUUAAAAUAUUUUAAUGCUAAAAAAAUAUAAACGAAAUAAAUAUAUUAAGCUAUUUUAUUAUGUGACACAUGUGAAAUCUAAUUUGUACGUGCCUUUUCUAUAUGUAUAUCCAUGUCUUAAUUACGUAAUUAAGGAGAAUUUUGUUAAAAAGGUAAAAACCCGGCUUCAUAGUUAGCACAUAUUUUCUAUUUUUCUACAGUGACUUCUGUAAAUGGGAAUCUUCAGGCCACAGGUUGACAAUUUUUUUACCUUUUUAAUGAUGUUAAACAUAUCAAACUAAAAUAUUUUGUUCAUCAUCGAUUUAAAUAUUAAAAAUAUAAAAUAAAUGUUCUACUUCAAAAUGCAUUUCAUUAUUAUAAAAAUUAUUUUUCUAUGUGCUCUGCAAGAUUAACGAUACAGUACGUUAUAGCCGUAGGUCCGUAAUAAAUGGAUAUGUUAUAAGCGAGUUUUAGUGUAAAUAAAAUGAAAGUCAGGUCUGUCUGACGCAGUGAUUCCCAAAAUGGGAUAACGCAGUGAGAUACUUGGAAGAAGUCGCAGGGAAUUUUCUACAAUAAACCAUUAGACAAAAACACUUUGGUAAAUUAAAUAUCUUUAUUUUAACAACGUAAGUAAGAAUAUAACUAACUGGCACAGUCGACUUUUUAAAGUUCGGUACUUUUAGUGAGACAGAUCGUAAUAAAAAUAACUGUUGAAUUAAAUUUAUACUCUUAUACAUCAAAGUAAAUAAAAAAAAAAUUAUUGCUACUGUCACGUCCUCGCCGGGAAUCGAACACGGGCCCCUGACUACGCGACUACGCUCUAAUCACUAAGCUACGAAAGGCGUAGCAAUAACGACGUAAUUUGAGGUAACCUGUAUAGGGUAGAAAGCUAAUUUCACUUUGAUGUUUAAAAAUGUUUUAUACAAUAUGCAGGGUGUUUCUAAAAUGAGUAGCAAGCUUUAGAGGGUGUCAACUAAAUGCAAUAGUAAAUAGAAAACCAGACGAAGUUGCAAUCCGAAGCCGGCCCUGGGCGUGAUUUGGUAUCGUAUAGAGAAAUUGCGAUAACAAUUAAGCAACUACACUGAUGAAAAAUAUUAACAGUGACGGUUGUGGAAGGACUAAUACAGUAAAUAUCAACGGCUUACUACUACGUUAUCAUACAUACCAAUGUUUAGACGCCCAUUGCGAUAAUAAUUAGUUAAAUAACUACUUUGUUCAUCCCUGAUAGUAUCCAGUACUAUUUAAAGUACACCUCGACCAAGUAUUAAGAACACAAAAUACAAAAGAAAUAUUGGUACAACACGCAUGCUGCGGCUGAUUGAAUGCGAAGUUGCAGUGUCGUACUUCUAUGCGUUAUUUUACCAGGGCCGGACUGUACUUUUAAAUACGUUUUUCUCGAAAAUGAUGAACUUUCCGACCACUAAACAUUUACUUAAUUUUAUUGUUUUAUAGUGCCCUAUUACCUCUAGAACGCUUACUGUAUAAUAUCAUCUAGUAAUUUAUUAUUAGCUAUUUGUGUGACUAUUUUGUUUUCAGGAUAAGUAGGAGAUCGCAAACAAAUUUUUAUAAUAAAUUUUGAUCAAAUAUUUUAGUUUUAUCCCUAAGAGUCUUGGUCAUUAUCUCCAAUAAAAUUACUCCGAUAUUUCCAAUUAAUAUGAAGUUAUUACAGUCAUACGCGAAAGAUGGAAGUUUCUACUUCUGCCUCACCGCAAAGUAAACAACAAUCGUGAAAAUGUUCACUUGUAGGCGCAGUCUUUUUGUGUAAAUUUAACCUAUACUUUAUAAUUAAACACAAUACUGGAUUUGAACAAUUGAAACAAUUGUUAUUAGAGCUUUUAAUAUUAAAAAAGUGUAAAAAUCCAAUAAUGUGUUUAAUCAUAAAGUAUAGAUUAAAUAUAUAAAAAAACACAAGAUUGGAGUUUUACACAUUUUUAUUAUUAGAAACUGUAAUAAUUGUUACAAUU